AUGGCUCUGGCUAAGAUAAUCUCUGGGCUCAAGAAAGGAAAGUUCCUAUUCUCGAUAGGGAAAAACCCUUCGACUACGAUGGGAGACUUCAUGAAUCGAGCACAAAAAUAUUCGAAUGUCGAGGACUUCUUUAGCUCUCGAAAAGGGACUCAUCAUGCGGGAAACUCCUCUGGAGACAAAAAGCGCAAGGAUGCACCGUUCCAGCCAAGCACGAGCAAAAAAAGGUCAGAUGAGGAUAGAUUCCACAGCCAAAGGCUGAGUAGAAAAUCCAAAAGCCGAUUCAGCUUGUAUACUCCUCUCAAUACAUCUCUAGAGCAGAUCCUCCUGGAUAUCCGAGACAAAAAGCUGUUACAUUGGCCGAGCUGUAUGAAAACAGAAGCAGAGAUCGUGACUCUCAUUCGCAAGGGACACUUGUGUCAGUGCAUAAAGGAAGAAAAACAGGCUCAGAAGGACGAGCAACUGACUAGAGUAACAAACGAUGUUACUGAGAUCUGGACGAUAUACGAGGGACCUUCCGGAGGUGGGGAUUCAAACCAAUCCCGAAAAGCUCACGCUCGGAGUAUUGACCCCAAGCAUUACAUCCACUUAGCUGAUAGGUCGAGCAAGGAACUUCGGAUGAGUCCAUGCAGUCUGACGUUUACAGAAGAUGACGCACACGAAAUUCAACAUCCUCAUGAUGAUGCCUUGGUAGUAAACAUGACGAUAGCCAAUUGCAAGGUGUAUCGUAUCUUGGUCGACAUGGGGAGCUCAGCCAAUAUCUUGUACUUUGAGGCAUUCGACAAGAUGGGUAUUGAUAGAUCUCGCCUCCAACCCGUUCGAACCUCGUUGCACGGUUUUGCAGGCGAUAAAAUCAUCUUGGAAGGGACGAUCUCUCGCCCGGUCAUAGCAGGAGAAGGACAAAACCAAGUCACCUUGUUGGUAGACUUUCUGGUGGUAAACACACCGUCGACAUACAACGUCAUCCUUGGACGACCAUCACUUAACUCUAUGAGGGCAGUGGUAUCCACAUACCAUUUGAUAAUGAAGUUUCCCGCUGUUGGAGGAAUCGACUACCUCCUAGGAGAUUAG